AUGAAAGGUCUGGACAAGAAAGACUCAAUGAUAGAUUCUCAGCUGACUGUUCCCUAUGAAGCAGAAGAUGUGGAGAAGAUCCAAGAAGAAAUGAUGUGGAAAGAUCACAACCAACGUGUGCUACAACAACUUCGUGAAGGGGAUAUCUCCACAACGCCAAGUUCAAAGAGUGAAGGUUCUUGUUCACCAGCCGCCAGGCUGAACCGUUUGGACAGCACGAGUGACUUGAGCGAUGUGAGCAGCGCAGGGCCAUCAGCAAGUUUGGUGGCACAACAACUUGGCCGGUGCAAUACCGGAGAACAACUCAGCAAACAUCUUGACUUUGACUCUCUCAGUGACACCUCUUGGGUUUCAGCAGAAGCCCAACGCAUCAUGCAGAAUGCAAAGCAGGAUGCAGAAAAGGCCGCAAGAUUGCUUGAACAUGCAAAGGCAAUGAUCGCUAAGGCUGAGCAACAGCAGAAGCAGCUAGAAGAUGCAAAUGGAAAGGAAACGCAAAAGACAGCUGAGGCAGAGGCAAACAAGAAGAAAGAAGAGGAUGCGAAGAAGGCAGCAGAGGCUGAAGAGGAGAGAAAGAAAGCACAGGAUGCGAAGAAAGCUGAAGAGGAAAGACAGAAAGCUGAAGAUGCUAAGAAGACAGCAGAGGCUGAAGAGGAGCGAAAGAAGGCAGAGGAGGCAAAGAGGGCCGAAGAGGAGAGAAAGAAAGCAGAGGAUGUCAAAAAGGCUGAGGAGGAGAGAAAGAAAGCAGAGGAUGCGAAGAAGGCAGAGGAGGAAAGACAGAAAGCUGAAGAUGCGAAGAAGACAGCAGAGGCAGAAGAGGAGAGAAAGAAAGCAGAGGAGGCAAGGAAGGCCGAAGAGGAGAGAAAGAAGGCAGAGGAGGCGAAGAAGGCUGAGGAGGAGAGAAAGAAAGCUGAGGAUGCCAAGAAGGCAGAGGAGGAAAGACAGAAAGCGGAGGAUGCGAAGAAGGCAGAGGAGGCAAGACAGAAAGCUGAAGAUGCGAAGAAGACAGCAGAGGCUGAAGAGGAGCCAAAGAAGGCAGAGGAGGCAAAGAAGGCCGAAGAGGAGAGAAAGAAGGCCGAGGAUGCGAAGAAGGCAGAGGAGGAAAGACAGAAAGCUGAAGAUGCGAAGAAGACAGCAGAGGCAGAAGAGGAGAGAAAGAAGGCAGAAGAUGCGAAGAAGGCAGAGGAGGAAAGACAGAAAGCUGAAGAUGCGAAGAAGACAGCAGAGGCAGAAGAGGAGAGAAAGAAAGCACAGGAUGCGAAGAAAGCUGAAGAGGAAAGACAGAAAGCUGAAGAUGCGAAGAAGACAGCAGAGGCAGAAGAGGAGCGAAAGAAGGCAGAGGAGGCAAAGAGGGCCGAAGAGGAGAGAAAGAAAGCAGAGGAUGCGAAGAAGACAACAAAGGCUGAAGAGGAGAGGAAGAAAGGUGAGGUUGAGAAUAAGAAACCAGACGAUGCAAAGCGACAUGCGGAACACAACAAGGCCCUAGAAGAGAAGCAAAAAGCUGAGGAGGCAAUGAAAGUUGCCCAAGAGAUGAUGGAGCAAGCAAAAAAGGCGUUAGAAAAAGCAAAGGGCAAAGAAGAGGGCAAAGAAGAGGGCAAAGAAGAGGGCAAAGAAGAGGGCAAAGAAGAGGGCAAAGAGACCAAUGGAGAAGCACUUGUUGACAACACCGAGGAAGAAAGGAAGAAAAAAGAACUGGCGCAGAAGAAAGCUUCUGCCCAUGUUCAUCGCUUAAUGCUGUGCUGUUUGACGCGUGGGUGCAGUGAGAUGGAUGCUGCAUUUGGCAGCCACGUUGCUGAUGCCAUGCGUCAACACAAGGCCAAUGACGCCACUUUGUGGGAGAAGGAAACGAGAUUCCAUCCCGAGCUACCACAAAAAGAGGAGUUCCGACAGUACUUGUGCCUAUGCGAAGAUGCUGAAGAUACUGAGGUGUGUGAAGAGAUCGAGCGACUUUACAGUUGCAUUGACAAGGAUUCUGGCAGCAGCAGCAGCAGUUCGUCUUCGUGCCGAAAAAGGAAGUCACCUCCUAAGGAUUCUAAGGAUGAAAAGCCAAAGGAUUCAAAGGACAAGAAGGACAAGAAAGACAAGAAGAGCAAAAAGGACAAAAAAGAUAAGAGUAAGAAGGAGAAGAAGAGCCAGGGCAAGAACAAGAUUGGCAGCAAGGGUGAGUCGCAAGAGAGUGACAAGUACCAAGAGUCUGUGAAGGCAGACUAUGAUGCAAAAAAGCAGGCUUGCGAGGCAGCACGUGCAGAACUUCAAAAAGCUGUGGAUGAUGACAAGGUUGUUCGCUCCUUGAUCGAUGCCUGUGAUGCGGCCCGUGUAGAGCUGGGAGUUGCGGUUGAGCCAUUGAAGGUUAAGAAAGCCAAAAAAAAAUAG